AGAGAGGAAGGAGGCAAUUUGCAAUGUAGUCACUACCGAUUCCAGGAGUUUCUUUGUUUCUUUUUGCCUCCUCACAGAUGUCACAGUUGAUGACCAGAGGGAAUCGGACCAUGGUAACUGAGUUCCUCUUCUCCAUGUUCCCGCGUCUGCAUGAAGGUGGCCUCUUUUUCUUUAUCCCCUUGCUUCUCGUCUAUGGGUUUAUCAUCACUGGGAACCUAAUAAUAUUCGUUGUCAUCCAACUGGACAAGGCCCUGCACACGCCCAUGUAUUUCUUCAUCAGCAUCCUCUCCUUCCUGGAGAUCUGGUACACCACCACCACCAUCCCCAAGAUGCUCUCCAGCCUGGUCAGUGAACAGAAGACCAUCUCUCUGGCUGGGUGCCUCCUGCAGAUGUAUUUCUUCCACUCCCUUGGUAUCACAGAAGGCUGUGUGCUGACAGCAAUGGCCAUCGACAGGUACAUAGCUAUCUGCAAUCCUCUCCGCUAUCCAACCAUCAUGACUCCCAAACUCUGCAUCCAGCUGACAGCUGCCUCCUGCCUCUGUGGCUUCCUCCUAGUGCUCCCUGAGAUUGCCUGGAUCUCCACCCUGCCUUUCUGUGGCUCCAACCAGAUCCAGCAGAUCUUUUGUGACUUCACACCUGUGCUGAGUUUGGCCUGCACAGAUACCUCCCUGGUGGUCAUCGUGGAUGCUGUCCAUGCAGUGGAGAUCCUGGCCUCCUUCCUGGUCAUCGCCCUGUCCUACAUCCGAAUCAUUGUGGUGAUUCUGGGGAUGCCCUCCCCUGAAGGCCGUCGCAAGGCCUUUUCCACCUGCGCCGCCCACCUGGCUGUGUUCCUGCUAUUCUUUGGCAGUGUGGCUGUCAUGUAUUUGCGGUUCUCAGCCACCUACUCAGUGUUUUGGGACACAGUGAUUGCUGUCACUUUUGUUAUCCUUGCACCCUUUCUCAACCCCAUUAUCUAUAGCUUGAGAAACAAAGACAUGAAGUAUGCGAUUGGGAGACUUUUCUGUGCUCAGAAGAGGGCUGAUGGGGUUGGGAGAUAGUUAGCUAGAUCCUAGAGACU